GCUAGCUGUGUGCGAGUGUGCGAUUUUUUCAUCUCCUGCGUGAGAACAUGGUGAGCUAUGAAGAGGAAUUAAAAGCUGUGGAAUAACAAAGUCAACGCGUUACUAUAAGACCACUUAAACCGAAUCUCUUAUAAGAUGUAUUCAUACUUUAGCCUCUUUAUAUUUUUAUACGUGCUUGAUAUAUCAUUCUGUGAAAUGUUUACUUCGAUGAUGAGCGUGAAUCAAGCUGUUUUCGCAGAAAAACAACUAAUCGAUCAUUUAAGAAUAUAUAUAGAACUGGAAAUACAAAGACUUGAUGAUAUUAAAAGGUUCUUUUCAAGAGUCACAUCAUUACACAGUGACGUGUACUAUGAGUCAUCAGCUACCAUAGCUAAUCCAAUUGUUGCAUUCAAACUGAUCAAAAGACUAAAGUCUGAAUGGUUGAAUGCUGCCUAUACAAAUGAACCCGAAGAGAAUAUCAAAGCUCUUAGGGAGGGUUACAGGAAGAUGGAAGUCAGCUUACCCAAUCUUGAGGACCUUCAGGGGGCAGCGCAGGGGCUGAUGAGACUUCAGGAUGUGUAUGAUCUACGUGUGGAGGGACUUGUGCAAGGUCACUUCCAGCAAAUCACAAAUGGAAAUGCUGUUGACAUUUACACCCCCCCUGUGUCUGAUACACUCUCUGCGGAUGAUUGUUUCCUUAUUGGAAAGGUGGCCUAUGAUUUGGAAGAUUUCUACCAUUCCGUGCAGUGGUUUGAGGAGGCAGUUCGUCUCUUUCGAGGAACAGAAUGGAGUCCAGAAAAUGAAGGCACACUUGAAGAUGCCCUUGACCAUUUAGCUUUCUCUCAUUUCAAGACUGGAAACAUAUCCUACGCCCUCAGUCUCUCUCGGGAACUACUGCUUCAUGACCCUAUGAACAGAAGGGUCUGUCUCAAUGUGGAGAAGUAUGAGAAGCUCCUUGAUGAAAGUCCGCCUGUUACUAACCAACGCUUGGCUUUGAAAAGGGCUGACACCACUUAUCUGAGAACCAGGAAUGUCUAUGAGAAGCUCUGCCAAACAAAAGGAUCUCAGCCAAAACAUUUUGAGAACCCCAGGUUGUUCUGUGACUAUUUCGACAAUGGCAACCCUGGUUUACUUCUGCAACCAAUUAAAAGAGAGCUAAUCAGCCUGCACCCUUAUGUUGUGCUCUUCCAUGAUUUUGUCACUCGACCUGAAGCUAAAAGCAUCAGAGAAUAUGCAAUGCCAGGGCUUAGAAGAUCAGUGGUGGCAUCAGGAUUAAAUCAGGCCACUGCGGAAUAUCGGAUCAGCAAGAGUGCAUGGCUUAAAGAGUCAGUCCAUGAGAUUGUGGGAAAGGUGGAUCGACGCAUAACUAUGGUCACUGGGUUGAAUGUGCAUCCUCCUUAUGCUGAAUAUCUCCAAGUGGUAAAUUAUGGCAUUGGAGGACACUAUGAACCUCAUUUUGACCAUGCCACAUCUGACUCGAGUCCAUUGUACAGGCUAAAAACUGGAAAUCGAGUGGCUACAUUCAUGAUAUAUUUGAGCUCUGUGGAAGCAGGAGGAUUCACAGCCUUCAUUUACGCUAACUUCAGUGUUCCAGUAGUGGAGAAUGGGGCUCUCUUCUGGUGGAAUCUUCAUAGAAAUGGUCAAGGAAAUGGUGACACUCUUCAUGCUGGCUGCCCUGUCAUUGUUGGUGAUAAAUGGGUUGCCAAUAAGUGGGUUCAUGAGUAUGGCCAAGAGUUCCGACGUCGUUGUAGCCUUAAUCCUGAGGAGUAAAGGAAGCAUGAGACCAUUUAAAAUACAAGAGUCAACCCCCUUAAAGGAGCAACAAUAGCAAGUGAGAAAGUGAAAGGCUGAGAAUAAAGAGGUAAAGCAUUUAAGCAUGUAAAGCAUGCUUGAAUGCUUGUGUGUAGGUUUGGUUUGGCAUGCAGCCCAAAGGGCAAGCUGACCUCCUGUUCCUGAAUCCCAAGAUAAACACCAGAAUGUUUACUGAAAAUGGAAAGUACAGAUGUUUACAUGGGUACCUGAUGAUAGUUCGUUUUGAUGAGUAAUUUGUGGUAACACCUAUUUUGUUCCAACAGCAAACAAUAUAUAAAAUAUAUAAUUUUAAUAAAUUACAAUAUACUUUGAAAAAGUAUAAUAAUUUACCUGAUUGGAUGUUGAUGAAAGACCUGUGUAAAUCUGGUGCAACUGUAUGUUGUUUAUGGUUGCAAAUCAACUUCCGUAAAAGUUCCAUAAAUGUUGUAAACAUAAAUAAAUUAUGAAA